AUGCCACCUCUCAUCCGAAGACGUCACGGUUCCUCCUCCGGUUGCCACCUCUCAUUCGAGCUCCUCAUCCGCGACAUUAUGGUUCCCUCUUCGGAUGCGAACCACUUGUCCGAGACAUUGCGGCACCCCACCGGAUGCGAACAAUGUGCGGACAAAACAUUCAACGUACAUGCGGGCUCGGCAAAUAGAAAAUUCGUUGGCCGGAGUAUUUAG